AAACCUCGCACGCCCCAAAAUUCAUUCAUUCAUUCAAUCCGAAAUUUUCAUUUUUCUCACGCUUAAAGCUUAUUGAUCAAUCCCAUAAUUCUCAAGAUCUUUUCUUCAAUCGUUGAGUUGUGUUUUUGAUUUCAGUUCUGAAUUUGAUCUUUGAUCAGAGGAAAUGGCACAGAGAACGGAGAAAGAAGAGACGGAAUUCAAGGCGGUGCCGGAGACGCUGACUAUGUGCGUUAAUAACUGCGGCGUCGUUGGGAACCCGGCGACCAAUAAUAUGUGUCAAAAGUGCUUCAAUUCCACCACGACCGCUAGCUCUACGACGUCGCAUCGUAUUCGUAGCAGAUCUAGCUCCUUCAGGUCAACGUCUCCACGCGCUGUAUCGGUUGAUCUCGUGGUAGAUCGGACGGUUGUGGUGUUAAAUGAUGAGUUAAAGGAGGCGGAGAAGACAGAGACGGUGGUGGUGAAGAAGGAGGUGAGUCGAUGCUCUGGAUGCCGGAAGAGGGUAGGUUUGACCGGUUUCCGGUGCCGGUGUGGAGAUUUGUUCUGCGCCGAGCACCGGUACUCAGACCGCCACGAUUGCAGCUACGAUUACAAGACCGCUGGCCGUGAGGCGAUCGCUAGGGAUAAUCCGGUGGUCAAAGCGGCAAAGAUCGUUAGAAUAUGAAUCGAACACAAAUAAAAACACAAAAAAAAAAUGUUUUUCGUAAAAUCAAAAUUUCUGAUUGGAAAAAAUUGUAAAGCUCCGAAAAGAACAGUCGAUCGUCGUUUUUUGGAAAUUAAUUAAUCUGAGAAAAUUCCUUUCGGUGGUGAUUAGGAUGGAGAUUGAUGAACGGAUUUGAAUUAUUAGAGAUUAGAGAUUGAAUUAUAGAUUGUCUGUUGGUGGUUGAUGUUGAAAUAAAAUAAAAUAAAAUAAAAAAGAUUGAAACUUUUGUUUGGAA